GUUGAAGGGAAAGUCCCUAAAUAAUAGAGCAGGUGUGUGGGGAGCCAUUUGGAAAACUGGAAUUGGAAUUGGAGGAGGAGAGAGAGAGAGAGAAAUUUAGAGAGAGAGAGAGAAGCAAGAAAGAAGAAUCCCAAUGGGCAGAAGAGAAGAGGCUACUGUUUAUACUCCAUUGUCCUUGUGAUCACUUCAACUAAUCCCUCCAAACUUCCAUAUCAUUUCACAGUCCUCUCAAAUCACAGAGAGAUCAGAUUGAGUGAGAGUGGAAAAUCGAGCUGAAGAACAACAAGAACAAAUGUCCGAAGACGACGAUCGAUCUCUGACUUCGGAUCUGGGCGCCGCCCAAUCCGCCAGUAAAGCUCGCAAUUGCACCGGAUGUUCCGGCGAUGUUUCCGGCUCUGGUUCUGCUGAGAAUAUCCUCCACAAUGUCCUUGAGAACGUGCUUCACUUCCUCACUUCUCGCCGUGACCGGAGCGCUGCUUCGCUCGUCUGCAAGUCAUGGUAUCGCGUCGAAGCCCUCACUCGAUCCGACCUCUUCAUCGGAAAUUGCUAUGCUGUCUCCCCCUGCCGCGUCACGGCGCGGUUUGGCCGAGUCCGGUCAGUGUCGAUCAAGGGAAAGCCGCGGUUCGCGGAUUUCAACCUGAUGCCGCCCAAUUGGGGAGCUCACUUUGCCCCUUGGGUUGCAGCCAUGGCCAAAUCCUACCCUUGGCUCGAGAGAAUCUACUUGAAGCGUAUGUCUGUCACGGACGAUGAUCUGGCGCUACUCGCCGAGUCUUUCCCCGGCUUCAAGGAGCUCGUGCUUUUCUGCUGCGAAGGUUUCGGCACCAGCGGGAUUGCUGUGGUCGCUUCUAGGUGUAGGCAUCUUCGAGUGCUUGAUCUGAUUGAAUCUGACGUAACAGAUGAUGAAGUGGAUUGGAUAUCUUGUUUCCCAGAGAAGGAAACCUGUCUCGAAUCUCUAGUUUUUGAUUGCGUAGAAUGCCCCAUCAAUUUUGAGGCAUUGGAGAUGUUGGUGACCAGAUCCCCUUACUUGAAGAAACUCGGAGUGAAUCGUUAUAUUUCCAUCACACAGCUAUACCAUCUGAUGAUUCGGGCUCCAAAGCUAACACAUCUUGGAACUGGUUCGUUCUGUAACCCGGAGGCCAUCGUUCACGGGGAGCUAGAGCCCGACUAUGCUGCCGCAUUUGCUGCUUGCAAAUCCUUAGUCUGUCUCUCUGGAUUCAAGGACAUUUUGCCUGAUUACCUACCAUGUAUCUAUCCAGUUUGUGCGAAUCUCACCACUCUGAACUUGAGCUAUGCAAAUAUAACUGCUGAACAACUCAAACCAGUUAUAAGCCAUUGUCAUAAGCUCCAAACUUUCUGGGCUCUUGAUUCAAUAUGUGAUGAUGGACUUCAAGCUGUUGCUUCAACUUGCAAGGAACUUCAAGAACUUAGGGUUUUUCCUGUAGACGCUCGAGAAGAUGGUGAAGGCCCCAUUUCUGAAGUGGGCUUCCAAGCAAUAUCUGAGGGUUGUAGGAAAUUGCAAUAUAUCCUCUACUUCUGCCAGAGAAUGACGAAUGCAGCUGUGAUUGCCAUGUCAAAGAACUGUCAAGAUCUUGUGGUGUUCAGGCUAUGCAUUAUGGGGCGACACCAACCGGACCAUAAAACUGGAGAACCCAUGGAUGAAGGGUUUGGUGCCAUUGUUAUCAACUGCAAGAAGCUCACCAGGCUUGCCAUAUCUGGAUUAUUGACCGAUCGUGCUUUCAGCUACAUUGGGAAGUAUGGAAAACUGGUACGCACCCUAUCAGUUGCUUUUGCUGGAAAUAGUGAUUUGGGAUUGAAAUAUGUGCUCGAGGGCUGUCUUAGAUUACAAAAACUUGAGAUUAGAGAUAGCCCUUUUGGCGAUGGAGCCCUGCGAUCUGGUUUACAUCAUUACUAUAACAUGAGAUUCCUCUGGAUGUCAUCAUGUAAAUUGUCUCGCCAAGGCUGCCAAGAGGUUGCCCGAGCGAUGCCUCACUUAGUGGUUGAGGUGAUGAGGAAUGAAAACGGCGAGGACAUAAAUAACCAUAUUCAGGUGGAGGAUAUGGAGAACUAUGUCCAGGUGGAGGAUAUGGAGGAGAACCAUGUCCAGGUGGAGGAGGAUAUGGAGGAGAACCAUGUCCAGGUGGAGGAUGUGGAGAACCAUGUCCAGGUGGAGGAUAUGGAGAACCAUGUCCAGGUGUUAUAUAUGUAUAGAUCUCUCGAGGGGCCAAGGGACGAUGCUCCAAAUUUUGUUGACAUCCUAUAGAACGUUGGACUACAAGAAGUUUCAACUGUUACUGAGCACCGUCACAAUUUUGUGCGGUAAGUUUAUUACUGCUUGUCAAAGGGUUAUUCUUCAAUACCGAAGAAAAAAAAUUCAUGUAUACCCACCCACUUGAACAAAGCUGGAUGGCUUUUUUUACACGAGGAAGAUUAUGAUGGUUUUUGGAGCCAGAUCAAUAGAAUGAAAGCAUCUCAUCUGAUAUAUGGAACUUCCUGAGACUUUAAAGAGUGGUGGUGGUGCUGAGGAUCAAUCUUUUUACUGUUCAUCAGGCUAAACAAGUUUUCAAAUAAGUUUGUUUCUAAUUGUUCGCGUUUCUUCAUUUCUAUAUUCGGUAACUGUAAACUAGAGCUGCUGGAGGAGGCACGGGUUGUAGAGAGCUGCAUUGAAAGCUUAGAUGGCGAUUAUGGGUCAUUUUGUCAAUUGAAUCGAGAUAGGAAGAACAUUGCAAGGAUUGGAGAAUUGGUUGGUCGGUCGACUGCAAGAUCUAUGAAUAUCUCUCCAUCCACCAGCCCACCAACAGCAAGGGGAUGACACAGGUACUCGUACUACUAAGUCUUACAAGAAACAUUAGUCCAUUUAUUUUGAUUCAAAUGGUAAGUAGAUGUGAGAUGGAAAGACCCGGCCUCUCUAGCUAAAUGUUGUUUAUUUCUAAUCAGAUGUACUAGUAGUGUAGGCACCUGGUUAUUGAAUUUACUAUUGUUGUUUAUCAGAAAAUGUGAGAUGGAUGGGUAAUAAAUGCCAAAGUUAUGCAUGGACAGAAUUUCCAUAUAAUAAUGGUACUGUCUCAUCUCUCUUUCCUCC